AUGAAUUGCGCUGGCUGUAGACUGGCUGUACUUAAAAAAUUUACUUCUCUCCCAAAGAUAGCUACUCACUCCGCAAAUUUUUCCAAAAGUAUAGGUUCUGGACGCGCUCUGCAGUUUGGACAGUGGCGACGGAUUUCACAAUUCUCACCGGAACAGCGAGACUCGACCAAUAUUGCAUCUGUGGAUGAACAGAAAAACGCUACUCAAAGCGAAGAGGGAAGGGAUCUUUCUUUAGAGGCCCAAACUAACACAACCCCAUGGUAUCUACGAGUCGAAUCACCACAACACACCCCAAUAUUGUCAGAGCGGCAACGAAUACCAGAUCCUCCAAAAUCACCACCAGAAAUAUUACAACCAUUGAUGAAUAAGAUCUCAAUAGACCUUGGCCUUGAUAAUCUCUCUCUACUUGAUCUUCGCGGAAUCGAUCCACCACCAGCAUUAGGAGCAAAUCUCCUAAUGAUAAUAGGUACUGCACGUAGUGAAAAACAUCUUCAUGUCUCCGCCGAUCGUCUCUGUCGAUGGUUACGAAGCGAAUAUAAGUUACACCCUGAUGCCGAUGGAUUACUGGGGAGGAAUGAGCUCAAGAUAAAACUGAAACGAAAGGCCAAGAGAGCAAAACUUAUGAAGAGCAAGGAUCAAAUGAAUGAUGAUGGAAUUCGAUCAGGAUGGGUCUGUAUUGACAUUGGUACUACCGCCGGACACGAAAUCAUAGAGGAAAAUGCACCACCUAGAAGCUUUAUAGGCUUUGGUCCACAUACCAAUAGUGUAAGGAUUGUUGUCCAGAUGCUUUCUGAAGAAAAAAGAGAAGAGAUAAAACUCGAAGAACUAUGGGGUAAAGUUCUGCAAAGAAGUACCUGGUCGGAAAGUUCUGGUUCAGCUGAAGAAAUAGACCUGGCUGAAGAUGACGAUCACCAAGCUACUAGAGAGCAGCCUAUGACGGCUAUUUCUAACAAAAGUCAGCAAAUUAGAGAAUUACACACAAGAAGCCGAGCUUAUUCGACAACUCGACAACACUUCAAACCAAUUGCAUCUUACGCCAGUAAACAAAUUAAUGAACUAGAUACAUCUCAUUUUUGUAUGAUAAAUAGUGAUCAAUUAAGUCCAACGAUAUCAACAAAUUCUAUAAUUAGAAGAGAAAAUAUAUUGGCUCACUUAGCCUUAGGUAAUUACGAACAAGCUAUGGCAGAAGCUUCUCGGUAUAGUGAAACUGAAACUCAAUACCAGAAAGGGAAUUGGAGGACUUUAUAUCUAGGGAUGCUAGUCUCACAUCUUCGAAGCUUACCAAGAGACGAAGCAUUUCGAUGUCUUGGAACUGGACCCUCGGAUCGAGAAUCGAAUUCAUUCCUUACCAGCUAUUAUCAGACAUUUAGUGAUAAACUUUUGAUCGAAGAACAUUUGCCUUUACACAUUGAAUUUCUUUGCUUUGGCCAAAGUCUUCAUCAUCCUGAGUAUAAUACUCAAGCACUUGCUGCCCUUCAUCGAAAUAUGACACUUGAUAGUGUUAAAAUACAAAAGCACACAUAUUUGCGACUGUUACAGGGUAUUCUAGACUUUAACCCCCAAAAUGAAAACGCUAAUGCUGCAAAGUUUGCCGCCAAAAGUGCAGCUAAUGUUCUGGACACAAUGUAUAGUCAAGGUCAAGAUUUAAUCGAUGAAGAUUUUCUGGUUUAUCUUCAAAUUCUCAUAUCUCGUUCUGCGCUUUCUUGUGAUGAUAGUGAUGCUCUAGAAAAAGAUUUCAAAUAUAAACGAGAUAACUAUGGACUUAUAAGCGUACCAAUGCCAGUAGUACAGGAUCGUCUACAUCUCGUAAUGAUACAUCUUAACUUACCAAUGUUUCGUGAUGGGAACAGGAUUCAACUUCUUCAGCUUUAUGCUAAGGGUGGACAUUGGCUUGAAUUCUGGGAGAUCUUCCACAUGGCGUAUCUACACGAUAGACCUCAGGGUUCAGAGAUCUUCGCUUGCAUGUUUGCUCUCAUUGCUUCGAACAAUAAUCAGACAACCUGCGCUAGGGUAUUAAGAGACUGGUUCCCGAGUUUGUUGCAGGAGUGUCCGUCCAUCUCCACUAGAAGCAAGCUAGCCGAGUCCGUAAGGGCUUGCUUACAUGUCAUAGAUCCUGAGCUGCAAGCACAAGGACCUCAACUUUCUAAAGUCAAGAAUAGCGAAUGGUUUCAAAUGUGGAAGUAUUGCACCCAGCCGGAAACUAGUAAUUUAUGA